AUGGCAGAGAAUUCAUCACACGCGACUGACAUCGUCUGUCCACCAGAUGCCAUUGCCAAUCUUACUUACAAGCACGAUGUCGCUGAGUCGUUUGGAUAUACUCGGUCGGAAUUGAUUUACACCGCUGUAUUCCUACCCGUUUUAAGUUUAAUCGGGAUCGUCGCCAACGGCGCUUUCCUCUUCGUCGUCCACCGCGUCCCGACGAUGAAAACGAUUACGAAUGUAUACCUCGUCAAUGUCGCCAUCGCGGACAUCCUCUUCCUUGCGACCAUUGUGACGUUCAAGAUCAUCAAGCUUGCGACGUCAGUCGUUGUCAGUGACGUCUCUGGUCUCGGCGCCGCCCUCUGCAUUAUUCUCUUCACAAUCGCCAAUGUCAUGCGUUUUGCGUCACUCGGGUUCAUCUCGGCAGUCACAUGGGAACGCUUCUGCGCCGUAUGUCGGCCUCAUUCUCGACGUUCAACGAGCACGUACGCAAUCAUCGUCUCAAUCACCAUCUGGACGAUCGCGUUCGUGCUCUCGGCAACCAUCAUUCCUGCAUAUGGGAAGUACAUAACCGUCUGUAUGAUAUGGCCCAAGACGGAAAAGUUCGCGGAUUGGCCAAGUGAGAUCUUGGUUGUGGGUCAGGUAGCGCCUUGGGCUAGCAUGUACAGUAACGUCGUCCAAACCUUUCCGUUCUUCAUAACAUUCGUCAUCAACAUCUAUUUCUACGUCCGAAUCAUCCGCGGUCUCGAUGCCGCCAUGAUGUCCCGUACGUGGGAUGGGCGAAGGAGCGAGUACGACACCGCGCUCCGCGGCCAGACGGUCCGGAUGCUGGUGGUCAACGGCGUCGCGUACUUCCUCUGCCUCGCGCUCUUCCAGUUCUUGUCUCUCUACAAAACCAUCAUCAUCCUCACCAAGUUACAGCCCGUGAUGACGCCGAGGCAGGGCAAGAUCCUUCUCGACGUCGCUCGCACGUUGGAGUACAUGAACUCCGUGAUCAACCCCGUCAUCUACACCGUGAUGAGCAGACGAUACAAGGAAGCUUUCAAGACAGCGUUCAGAUGGAAACAGCGGACGACCAAGGCCUCUAGGUCGAGGACCUUGAGUAAUUCAACACCAGUCACCACUACCCAAUUUCUCAGCAGGAAUAGGAAUACGUCACUAUAA